UCUACUUCUUGACAAAGAUGAUUCUAGCGGCCGCAUUUGAGAUAUGAACCAUUGUGUGCCACUAGAUUCCAUUGGUUACCGCUGGAUUUGAAACCAACAGAAAUCGAUGAUUAACAGUGAGCGCGGCUGGUUUUCAAUGGUUCAAGGGGCUGUAGUACCACCCAAAGCCAUUGGGAGGCAUUGAGUUCUACUGGGAUCCGUUGGGUCGUCACUUGGAUCCCACUGGCAGUCAAUGUGGCUUGGCAUCAACCAGUGCCGACCAGUGCCGAGAAGCCGGCUUCCAGGCCCGCGCAUAUUACUGACUAGCAUCGGGUUGAAAUGUGUUCAGAAAUGGAUCAUAGCAAAUGAUCGCCGAUCACGCCGAAAAAAUGUCGCUCCCCACCACCAUCUCGGGAUUCACUGUCCUCCCGAUAUCGUACUCAAGCGACACAAAGCACUACAUCUACGCUCGAGCCCACGUCGGAUCCAAGAAACAUGCGUCCACAUCAAAACCAGUGCUUCCCGAAGGACGCACACUCUUCCUGGUCAACGUUCCGCCUGAUGCAACACAGCGCGACCUAGUCAAGCUCUUCUCCUCCAGCGGAAUCGUCGAAAAAGUCGUAUUCGACCUGGAUGAUGCAUCGGCAGCGGCGGAGAGCCUCGAUCCCGAUACCGACUCUGAGGGGGAGGACGUAGAUGCUGGGGAUACAGAGGGACCGCAAACCGACGAGAACGUCGACACCUCCGCCCCACGGAAACGACGAAAGCUCUCUAAAACCGAACGCCCGCCUCCAGUCACCCCGCUGCCGACGCGACCCCUCCGGCAGCUGCGGUCUACCGGGCGCUCCGCGCACCUGGUGUUUCUCGACGCGUCGUCGCUCGCGCGCGCGCUGGAUCCGGCCGCCCCAAAAGGGAAACCCUCCCGCAUCUGGAUCUGGCCUACGGCGGGAGGCGGCGCAGAUGCAGAUGCCGAGCCCUCCGGGCUGGCGCAUUACACUGCGCUGUACGACUCCCGUCGCCCGCCGCUCGACGCCGUGCGCGCGCACGCGGACAGCUACAUGGCGCUGUUCGAGUUCGAGCAGCGCCAGGCGCAGCGGCAGAGCAAGUACCACAAGGGCGAGGCGAUCGUGGAUGAGGACGGAUUCACCCUUGUGACGCGCGGGGGUGCUUACGGCCAAACUCUCGGCGGUGGGGUCGCUGUCGCGAGCAAAAAGUUCCAGGAGACGGGCGAGACAACAACGAAUAGGAAGAAGAAGGAGAAAAAGGAGAAGGUCAACUUCUAUGCUUUCCAGAAGGCGGAAAAACAGCGUAAUGAACUGCUGGAACUGAAAAAGAACUGGGAGGCGGACAAGGCGAAGGUCGAGAAACUCAAAGCAUCGAGGAGGUUCAAGCCGUAUUAAACUAUGUACUGCACUGUGACCUGCGCACUGUGUGCUCGUUCUCAUGCUCGUGGUGGGAAAAAUCUAUCCCAAAC